AUGAAUCUGGCUGAUAUAUGGUGGGAUGCUUCCAUGGAUUUAUACCUCGUUUUCAUUAUUGCUCGAGGACUCCUGACUGCUGCUCCUGAAGCCUCCCUUGGGGUAAUUGCCACUUUUGGCCAAAGAAAAGUGCGCGAGCUUGGGCAAAUGCCAAUUGGGGUAGACCAUAUACUCCGGAUCACUCCAGUAACCUCUUCAUUGGGCUAUCAAGCUCCGAAGCUUGCUGGCUAUCUCUCUGGUAUGGCAUCCAUGGUGUCUCAGUUCCCUUUUUGGACUACACAGAGGCUGUGCUGCCGGAACUCGCCCACUUUCUCUUGGAUUCGGGAUGAUGAUCUUGGGAACUGGGCGUCGCCAAGACGCCGCCGGAAGACGAUUCCAGGCACCAGGAAAUACAUCCUCGGAAGCUGGUAUUACACGAUGAAGCAGGCAGCCAAGAACCCAGACUUCGUUACUUUAAGGCUUUCUAGGUCGCUUGUGUGGUCCAGCAUGGGGGUGCCCUGGAGUGUCCCAAAGGGAAUCCAUAAGAUAAGAUCCUGCGUUUUCAAGCUGCAUGAAGCGAACAGUGGUACUCGGCGGACUUUUCACAACCCACAACAUAACCUCAUCCGCAUUCAGGGGUCCAAGCGCACCGCGCAAGUAAUAGAGAUAAACAACUUUGAGCCCUGGAUUGACUGUAUCAUUCUCGGAGGCAGCCAGCUCAACAUAGGGGUAUCCCAUUUCGAUGCUACAGUGAAAAUUUCUCUAGCUGAGGCCGAGAUAUUCAGCUCAAACUUGGAUUGGGAAUACUUGGUAGCUCUAUCCUCAAGUCUGGGUCGAUGGCGUACCCCUGGCCCUUUGCUCCCAUGGCUCCAACUCAAUAACUUACAAGACCCGCUCAUCUCAGCGAAGCUUUUCGACGAGCAAUCAUUUCACAUCUGGACGAGUGAGAUACUCAUGGCCAAGUUUGCGGAAGCAGGCGCAGAGCCACCCACAGCAGCUGUGGGUGUGUAUAUCAUUGCCGUAGCAGGAGCAGAAGCACGAACCAUACGUGUGAAAGACGCAGUCGCGCAUCAUGAGAAACAUGCGCGGGUCUAA